UACACUCGGAGCCUCCACACACCACAGCCGCCACAGUUGGGUGUCACCAGUGUUCCGUGGCAUCUACACUCCCAACAUCUUCACCAGCAUCUGUGUUCAUACACACGUCGCGUCCCUCAUGCGUUGAGGCAGUAUACUGAGGCGGAAAGCUGUGUACUGAUUCAGUAGGCAGUGUACUGAUGCAGGCAGUGUAUUAAGGCUGUUAUAGAAACCUUCCUUCGCAGCUUGGAACGAAGACAAAUUUUCAACCGUGACACACUACGUACUAGAGGUGAAUGGACUGAGUGCUCCGACGGAUAGCAGCUAGUUGUGGAUACUCUUCUGGUCAAAGAAUAGGAGAGAAACUAAGUUUAUUCCACCAUUGAUGUAUAUGCCCUGUGGUACUGCUGGACCACAGAGCCUAUUCACUCCGGUUUGACUCUUCCCAACUCCACUAAGACUAUCCAUCCUUCCAUCCUGCGCCAGGCCAGUCAACGUUCCCUGCAGUAAACGCUCCAACAGCUAUGAAGAUUCAGGGAGACGGAGCGCUGGACGUGGCGAGGAAGGCGCUAGUGGGUCUCCUGGCGACUCUUGCGGUGGUGUCCACGCUCACAGGAGCCGUCGCCAACAGCAGCUGUCAUAACCACUCCUUUCUCGACUACUGGCUCCUGGGCCUUGGGCUGAGCACGCUGGGUGCUCUGAUGGGCGUGUGGGCGUGGCGCGGGGCUCCCUCUACCACCAACGUCAUCAAUGGCCCCAAGUACCUCAUGGUCCUGCUUGUCUUCAUAAACGUCGCCUGGCUCUUCAUUGGCAACGUCGCCGUGGCCAUCAUAGUCUCGUCCUGCCGUGGACAGCGCCCCGUCCUGGCCACCUGGGACGUCAGCUGCUCCUCCUCCAUCCUCUCCGUCAGCCUCGUCUUCGUCGUCGUAUUUGACGGCCUCUACACCCUCUUCCUCGUGGUGAUGUGCGCGAGGACCUGCGCAGGCCGCUCGCUACUGCUGCCCCCUGCAGCUGCCUCCCUCCACACAAAGAGUGGGUGUAGAGGAAAGGUGAGUGUGGUGGUUGUGGUGGUGCUGGCGGUGACCAGUAUAGCAGUGGGAGCCAGUUACUAUCACUCCUGCCACCACCAAGACUGGAUGCCUCUGUGGCACAUCGCCUUCGGGACGGUGGCGGUGGUGUGGGUGGUGAUGGUGACCUUCCACCAGGGUGGUCACAACUAUCUGGCCGCCAGCUGGGUCAACCCCGUCAUCACCCUCGCCCUCCCCGUGCUGGUCCUCAGCGUCCUCCUCCUCGCCUCACUCACUGUAGGAUGCGAGUGGGUGGUGGAGGCCCGCCAUAAUGUUUGUUCUGGUCACAUCCCUUGUAACGACGGCCUGGCCACCUACACCACUGGCCUCGUGGCCCUCCUGAGUCUGCCUCUCCUCGUCUUCUUCUACGUAGCCACCGUCUUGGCCUUCCUUGGCCCGUUCCUGCUCUUGGCAGCCUCCUUUCACUACUGCUGCUGCCUUGGUGCCCGCCACCAUCACAUGGCUGUAUGCCGUGAUUAGUUAGGGAACGGGGGGGGGGGGGGUUGGAGUGUCCUGUGUAGACCAGCUAGCUGU